UAGCUGGCUAACUGUUCGGCACAAGCUUGUGCCACGUUACGCUACGGUGCGUUUUGUUCAAAAUCCGUUCUCUGUAAUUUCUUGGUGUGGGAAUCGCUGAAGAGCUGUCUUUACAUGGAGCGCUGAAGUGCUCUAAGUAGGACAACCGAGACCAAUAUAGUUUUCCCCUCUUCUUUGAAACGUAUUCACGAUUCUCCCUGUAGCGCAGAAGAAGCAGAAAAGGUCAGUAGACUUUGUAUGGGAGCUUAAGCGUGCAAUAUGCUGAAGAAGCAGUCAAUUUUCUGCGCGCAAAUAAAAUAAUGGAAGAGAAAUGAGAAGGAAAACAAAAGCGAAGCGAGUUCUUGACCAUGAAAAUGAUGAUGAUGAUGAAGAAGAAGAUCCAAAACAGGAUGAAAUCGACGUAAGAACGUUACACUGCAAGGUCUUAUGUCACGGGUUGCAGAAAAGAAGAAAACAAAUGUACCCUGCCAAAGAGAAAGCAGACGAAAAUUCAUCAUCCGCUGCCGGCCUCCAGAAGUUGAAAAUGAGGCAGGCAUUUGAUUUGGAUAGCCCUGCCACAGGGCAGUAUACAGACAGCGACUCUACUCCUGAGGAGUCGGACUACCUGCAGUCGCGCUCAAAGGCGGAGCUUAUCGCCAUGGUGCUGUGCAUGCAAAAGGAAAUGGAGAGCUUGAAGGAGCAAAUUCGGUGCCUUACAGCUUGUGGGAAGCUGGCCAGAAACCUAGAAACCCUGAUUGAGAGGACCCAGGUGUGGUCGAGUGGCAACAGUAAGACUCCAACUCCCAGCAUCCCUACUGUGCCAGUUGAGGGGGAUGCCCUCAUUCCUACUCUGCUGGUAUCCCCGGGUGUGCUGAAUGGGCAAUACCCCCCAUCCCGGGACCACCAGCCAGAGCAUCAUGAGAAUUCUCAGAGGAACGGGCUCUUCACUGAGUUUAUUACCCCUGAGCUGUUGGAGCGCUGCAACACUGGCACCACGGCUCAGAAGCUGACCAAUGACCUGCUGCGCGGGCUUUAUGAGAGGGAGUGCCUGGCCUCUCACUCCAUCUCCGGCAUCGUCUACAACAAGAGGGGCCAGCCCAAGCCAGCUCUGCCUGCUGACGAGGUCCAGGCCAUCCUGAGAACGGUGCAGUACUUCUUCCCUGGGAAGACCGAUGCAGAGAUAAAGGGCUACAUCCGGCAGAAGCUGCAGAACGAGGCCAAGCGGCUGAGGAGGAAGCCACAGCUGUCAGUGAAGGUGGAGGUCCACACGGAGCCCACGGGAACAGAGGGCAUAUACACGUAGAGCUAGUGACUCCACCUUCCCUCCGUGCUCUGGACUGGAGCAAAACACGCCCAUGCGCACCCUCCCUCUCCAUGAAAGUGUUGUCCAAGCAUAAUGGGGGAUGCAUAAACCUAACAAGUGAAGAGAAGUAAAAAAUGAAAUGCUUUGUAAAACUUUUUGGUUACCGUUAGGAAAUCUUCCCCAGUUGAAAUAUUGCAGUAUUACACUUGAAUUAGCAAGGAAGGAUUUUUUUUCUAGGCCUGUUCAAACCUUCAAGGUUUUGGACUGUCUAAAAGAACGUCUGAAGAGAUUUAUUUCUGUUUGACAGAAUUACAGAAAACAGAGGUUUUAUUUUGGAGCAUAACUCCUGCUUUAUGUGAUCAGGCCUAGUUUCAGCUCAGUUCAGAAUAGAUGUGAACUCUCACCUAACCCUCUGGCUAUUCAAAGUGCAGCCAGCCAUAGAUACACAUAUGAACUCUUCUCCUUUAUGAAGAUUAGUUCCAUUUUUUCUUAUUUUUCUAUCUAAGAGAUUAGGAUGUGUGUAAGGUAUGUGACCAUGCAAUAGCAACUCAGUGAUGUGAUCAUUAUUUACACGGUUUUUGAUGUAGGCCUAUCUCCGAUUU